AUGGAUAUUGAUCGUCGCCGUCAGGAAGCUGCCGAAUAUCGCCGCAAACCCCGGUUAAUUGAAGAUAGCGAAAUUCCAGAGAGUAUCGUGAAGGCCUCGCAACAUUUUAUUAACGAAGAAAAGGAGUCGCAAAAAGAAAAAUUCGCAUUCGAAUCGAUUGGACGUCGCAAACGCAAAGAAGUUGACUAUUCACAGAAGUGGAUUGAAUAUUUUUUGAAAAAAUUUUUAAAUUCGGGAUCGUUAUAUUUGCCAUUUGAGGAUUUGAUGUCUGAUCGCGAUUGGCUGAGGAGUAUCGAUGAAGAUUUAAUUGUGUUUGACGACGUUUUUUUGCCUACAGGUGAUGACGAUGAUGAGCCUCCGAAACGUAAGCGGGCUUCACCGGAAAUAACUUCAGUACUCAACAAACUUCAUGAAGCCCUAAUCACUUUCAAAACAAGUAGUGGCAAGCAGCUGGCAGGUGCAUUUGAGCAGCUCCCAUCCCGAAGAGAAUUGCCCGAUUAUUAUGAAAUUAUUGAGAAACCAAUGGAUCUCAAUAAAGUGAAACGAAAAAUCCGUGAUGGCAAAUAUCGUAAAAUACAAUAUUGA